AUGAGGAAUGGAGAAAGCACCGACAUCUUCCACCCCAUCAACGCCCAUCACCAUGGCACCUUCGCCGAUGACUAUGAUGGCACCACCGCCAAUGUCUAUGAUGACGCCGUCGCCUAUGAUGACGCCACCGCCUAUGAUGACGCCGUCGCCUAUGAUGACGCCGCCGCCUAUGAUGACGCCACCGCCUAUGAUGACGCCGCCACCUAUGAUGACGCCGCCGCCUAUGAUGACGCCUAUGAUGACGCCGCCGCCUAUGAUGACGCCUAUGAUGACGCCGCCGCCUAUGAUGGCAACGCCGCCUAUGAUGACGCCGCCGCCUAUGAUGACGCCAUCGCCUAUGAUGAUGCCACCAACCCCAACUCAAAACUCAGGUUUUGUGCAUGGAAGUAG